GUUACACACUCAUUCAACAGUGGCUUGGCUGAUAAUUGCACCACACGUUGCAAAACCUCUGGAAGAAUGAAAAGACUGCCAGCAGGCACAAGGUGUUGGCUUAAUUAUCAGCGAAAGAUCCGCGUCCCUGGUGUUGAAAACGUUAUUGUCGAUGGAAUUUGUAAGCAUGGCAUCUGCAUCGUAACUCCCCCUGCCGUUCCUUUGCUGAAGAUACAUGUCCCGGAAGAAAAGUGUGACCAUUUGUUGGCAUCUGUGAACUACACGAAAAAAGUUGCAUCCACGUGCAGCGCAAGGUGUCCUGGUCGUCAACCAGAAUACCAGCCCCUUCGCAAUGGGACUGCUUGUGCU